AUGGAACUGGAGGUCCAGUCAAAGUAUCAGCUGCACAGCAUAGAGGAGGAAUCCGAUGCGAUCGACGACGCUUGCCGAGGUACAGUUCAAGGAGUGUAUAUGCAGAGUAAUCUGGACCAAGAAAGGAAUUUCGUGAUUCCACGAAGUAUUUCCGAGCAGGUAGGUACUGUACACGAGUAUUACAUGUUCAAAAGAGAAUCUUUCUCAUUCGUUCAUAUUUUCUACCAAAUUACUAUGCUAUCUUUUGUUCAGCCUUAUACUCAACAACUGACCUAUGCUGCAACUACCUGGAAUAAAUAG